AUGGAUCAAUUUUGUGACGAUUUAAUUCACACCGUUUGUGGGAUCCUUGACUUGAAUGCGAUAGAAGUGAGAGCUCCUUCGGGUUAUUUGACUCGUUGUUUGUACCCUAAAUUAUCACAAAUUUCCCACAAUUGUGUCACAAAUCUCUUUCAAACUGUGACUCCUGAGGAUUUUAAAAUCACACUCAGAGCGUCUGUUAACAUUUCCGAAAACCAGGAAUUAUUCUAUAACUACGUUUAUCCACUUUGGCCCACUUUAAUUCGGCGCGAUUUUUUGAAAGAAAACAAAAAUUUGGACUGUCGUUGUAAAAGAUGUGGUGAUAAAACCGAGCUAAGGACACACUUAAGCACCUUAAAGUGUAGCAAAUGCGACAAUGGGAUACUUCUGAGCAGUGAUCCUUUGAGCGAUUCCUGCGACUGGAAUUGCACUCACUGUGAGUUCAAAACGAAUGCAAGUUCGGUGAAAAAAGUCUACAGAAUAGUCCAGAGUGAAAUAGAAGCCAUUCAGAUGGUUUCAGGAGCUGAAGGAAUCGAGCAACGCGAAGCUAUUUUCAGGAAAUAUCGUUCGGUUUUUUACCCGAAAAACGCCUACAUGACGAUACUCAGAGUCGACUUGACGCAAUUAUACGGACGAGCUCCUGGUUACACCAUUCAUGAAUUACCGGAUUUGUUACAGGAGCAUAAAGUCGAGUUGUGUUAUCAGUUAUUGGAAGUUUUGGACGUGGUGGAACCUGGACUUUCGAAACUCCGGGGAAUCACACUGUAUGAGCUUCACGCCCCUUUAAUUUCACUCGCGCGAAAUGAAUACAAGUCGGGGUUAAUCACCCGAGAAGACUUUCGCAAGAAAAUGCAGGAUGGUGUUGGACUUCUUGAAAAGUCGGUGGAGAUUUUGAAGUUGGAACCACCGAACUCAGUCGAGGGGGAAUUGGCGAUUGUUGCGAAACAAUCGCUGGAGAAUUUGGUGCAAAAUUUUGAUCUACUUAUACAAACUGCGUGAUUUAUUGUAACACUGUAGUAAUAAAAACUAUUUUUUCUUCUUGGGUUU